CGGGGGGCAGCCAUGCUCCUGGCCGGGGGCGACCCUCCGGCGCAGGAAUGGGUCAUGGUGCAAACCAAAUCCAAGCCCCGCGUGCAGCGGCAGCGCCUGCAAGUGCAGCGCAUCUUCAGAAUCAAGCUGAACGCUUUCCAGAGCCGCCCGGACAGCCCCAAUUUCUGGCUGCAGCUCGAGGGGCCCAGGGAGAACAUGGGCAAAGCCAAGGAGUAUCUGAAGGGCCUGUGCAACCCAGAGCUGUGGAAGGAGGUUCGCUACCCACCAGCCCUGCACUGCGCCUUCCUCGGGGCCCAGGGCCUUUUUCUCGACUGCCUCUGCUGGAGUACCCAGGCAUACCUGGUGCCUGGCCCCACUGGCUCCCUAAUGGUGGGCGGGCUGACCGAGUCUUUCAUCAUGACCCAGAACUGGCUGGAGGAGCUGGUGGGACGACUGCGCUGGGGCCCUGCCCCUGUUUGCACCCCCCGGGGUAUCUGGGAGGCUGAGGUGACCCGGGCCUUUGGGGCUUUGAUCUGGAUCCGUGGUGACCAGUAUGCAGGGGACCUGCUGCAGCUGCCCCCAGCAGUCCAGGAGCUGCUGCUGAGUCUGGUGCGGGAUGCUGCGGGCAAGGAGGACAUCAUCGAGUGGCUCGGCCGCCUUGGCACUUCCAACGCCCGCUCCGACCCCGAGGUCCUGAUCUGCCCUCCACAGCAGCCGAAGGAAGGCUCGGCCAUGACGUCUGUGGGCGAUGGUACUGGGCCUUUGCUGGAGAUGAGGACCCUCCAGAAUGGGAACACAGAAGAUUCAAAGAGAUUAACCAGCCUGGGAGCCAGCCCAGGCCAGAAGGCACAGCAGGAGACAGCAAACCAGCUGGUACGGGUCGGUUCCAACAGUCAAGGUGGUACGGACAGUGCCCACAGGGAAGGGCCCGUGCCAGCCGCCGGCAGCCAGGACCCUGCAAACCACUCACAGGCCGUGGCACAGCAGCGGCAGCUCCAGAGGGUGGAAGACAAACUCUCCUUCCAGCCUCCGGUGACGACCCUGGGUGUGUGCCCAUCUUGGAAGGCCUGGGCUCCGGGGCCAGCCUUUGGGCCCUUGUGGCCAGGGACCAUUGCUACGACCUUCUGGAGGAUCAAUGAACUGCAUUCUCUCCACCUGGCCUGGCUGCUGUCCCAGGCGUGCUUCAGUUUCCCGUUCUGGCAGAGGCCUCUGGGCCCCAUUCAGUUCAAGCUCCCAGGGCAGAGCCCUUUGCCCUUAAACCUGGAGUGGAAGCAGAAGGAGCUGGUUCCUUUGCCCAGUGUGGAAAGCCCAGAUGGGGGACCAGGAGGAGAGGCAGACCUACAGAAUUGCCCAAGGCCAGAGACCCCCCCAAAAGUCAUGAGUUUAUUGGUGGUCUCAGGGGGCUCUUGUAUAAAGGGCAAAGCUAGCCCAGGACUUCCACAGGUAGGGCCACCUUUGACCUCCACACCCCAACUCCAAGCUGGAAGUGAGCUGGGGGAUCAAGGAGGUGUACAGUGGGAUUGUAAGGGCCCAGAAGAGGAGCCCUUACCAGCACCACCCACAGGGCAAGGGGUGCCUACUGCUCCAGGGAGGCCCGUGGGUCAAGGGGAGCCGAUGGCUGAGUCAGUACCUGACACUCAAACAGUGCCUGAGACUCUCCAAGUGCCCGUGGCUGCAGCAGUGCCUAUCGCUCAAACCCCACCCCAAAAUCAAGUGCUAUCUGCAGCCCCCAAAGUGCCUACAGUCCAGAUGAUGCCCGCAGGCCACACAGAACCUGCAGCCUCCAAAGUGCCUUUGGCUCCUACAAAGCCAGCUGCUCAUGGGGGGCCCACAGCUCAAAAGGCAGCCGCGGGUCAACCGGCACCAGCAGCGCAAAUGGUACCUGCGACUCCGAAAACCCCCACAGCUCAGAAAAUCCCUGCAGCCAAAACAUCACCUGCAGGUCCCAAAGCACCCAAAGCUCAAACUGGGCCUGUGGCUAAAACAGGGUCUGCAGCCCCCAAAGCGCCUGCGGCCCCCAAAACACCUGCGGCCCCCAAAGCACCUGCGGCCCCCAAAGCCUCCAGAGCUCCGAAGACGCCUGCAGCGCAGAAGGCGCUCACAGAUCCAGGGCCAGCCGUGGAUGCAGCCAAACUCCUGAGAGAGGCCCAGCCUUCGUCAAGGGGCAGUGCUUCCUCCCCAAAGGGCCAGGGGGAGGCCAGGAGGCAGGAUCUCCAGCCCUGCAGCCCCGCAGCUCCCAGUAGUAAGCACCAGCCUCAGGUGGGUGGGCUCCUGGGGGCGUCAGAGGGGACCCCAAGGCAGCCACCGCGACAACCACAGGCGAACAGCACAGUGACCAGCUUCCAGAGGUACCACGAGGCCCUGAAUACGCCCUUCGAGCUGAACCUGUCGGGAGAACCUGGGAACCAGGGGCUGCGGCGAGUGGUCAUUGAUGGCAGCAGCGUGGCCAUGGUACAUGGCCUCCAGCACUUCUUCUCCUGCCGUGGCAUUGCCAUGGCAGUGCAGUAUUUCUGGAACCGGGGACACCGGGAGGUCACUGUGUUUGUACCCACCUGGCAACUGAAGAAGAACCGGAGGGUGAGAGAGAGCCACUUUCUGACGAAGCUACAUUCCCUCAAGAUGCUUUCGAUCACCCCCUCCCAGCUUGAGAACGGCAAGAAGAUCACCACCUACGAUUACAGGUUCAUGGUAAAGCUGGCAGAGGAGACAGAUGGCAUCAUCGUCACCAAUGAGCAGCUCCACAUCCUGAUGAAUAAUUCCAAGAAACUGAUGGUCAAAGAUCGCCUGCUGCCCUUCACCUUUGCGGGGAAUCUGUUCAUGGUGCCCGAUGACCCCCUGGGCCGGGAUGGCCCCACCCUGGAUGAGUUCCUGAGGAAGCCAAACAGGUUGGACACUGACAUUGGCAACUUCCUGAAGGUGUGGAAGGCUCUUCCUCCCAGCUCAGCCAGGAUCUCUGAGCUGAGUGAUACCGCCAAUUCAGGGCCCCUGGAGAGUCCUCAGAAAGUGGAAGAAGUUAGGGAGGAGAAGGAAGAGAGGCAGGACGAAGAGCCAGAGCUGAGGGAGAGACAGGAUGAGGAGCAGAGGGUGGGGCAGGACACACAGAGGCCAGCCGAGGAAGAAGACCAGGACUCCUCGCUGGCAUCGGUGUUCAAGUCUGAGUGCCCCACCCUUUCAGAGGAAAUCCUCCGGUGCCUCAGCCUUCACGAUCCCCUCGAUGAAGCCCUUGACAUCGAUCUCCUUCCAGUGGUGGCUUCUCCGUCCCUAGGUGUCCCCUGGGAUGGGAAGGCUCCCUGCCAGCAGGUCCUUGCCCACCUGGCCCAGAUGACCAUCCCCAGGAACUUCACCGCACUCUCCUUCUUCAUGGGAUUUAUGGACUCCCACCGGGAAGUCAUCCCUGACUAUGAAGCCCUUGUGGGCCCACUACACAGCCUCCUCAAACAGAAGCCAGACUGGCAAUGGGGCCAGGAGCAUGAAAAGGCCUUCCUGGCCCUGAAGCGAGCCCUGGUGUCUGCCCUCUGCCUGAAGGCCCCUGACUCUCAGCUGCCCUUCUACCUGGAGGUGAUGGUGAGCCAAGUGGCCCUGACGGCCACUGUCUAUCAGGAGAACUCAGGGAGAAAGCACCUCAUUGCCUAUACCUCGAAACCCCUCCUCCCCGACGAGGAGAGCGAGGGCCCCCAGUCAGGGGGAGACAGCCCCUACGCUGUGGCCUGGGCCCUCAAACACUUUUCCCGCUGCAUUGGAGACAUCCCAGUGGUCCUGGACCUUUCCUACGCUGCUCGGACCAGUGUGGACCCUGAGGCAUGGGAGGACCGCAGGCUUUCCAAAGCAUGGUUGAUCCGAUGGGCCCUCUUGGUACAGGACAAAGGCAAGAGGGCGCUGGAAUUGACCCUUCUCCAGGGCCUGCUGGGGGAAAACCGACUGCUGACACCCUCAUCCUCCAUGCCUCGUUUCUUCCAGAUCCUGCCUCCUUUCUCUGACCUGUCCACUUUUGUCUGCAUCCACAUGUCUGGCUAUUGCUUUUACCGUGAGGAUGAGUGGUGUGCUGGCUUUGGUCUCUAUGUCCUGUCUCCCACCAGCCCACCUGUCUCCCUUUCCUUCUCUUGUUCGCCUUACACACCUACCUAUGCCCACCUGGCUGCCGUGGCCUGUGGCCUGGAGCGCUUCAGCCAGUCCCACUACCCCGUGGUUUUCCUCACUCACUGCCACUGGGUCUUCAGUGUCCUCUGGGAGCUUCUGCCCCUGUGGAGGGCCCGGGGCUUCCUGUCCUCUGAUGGGUCCCCACUACCUCACCCGAGCCUGCUCUCCUACAUCAUAUCCCUCACCUCUGGCCUCCCAUCCCUUCCAUUUAUCUACCGAACCUCCUACCGUGGCUCGCUGUUUGCUGUGACAGUGGACAACCUGGCCAAGGAGGGUGCACAGGGGGGCGGGGAGUUUUGGAAUUUGCCAACGGAUGUGCCAGUCCCCAUAGUGUCCCCCCAUACCAUGGGCAAGAGGCCCAACUUGCUGGCAUUACAGCUGAGUGACAGCACUCUGGCAGAUGUCAUUGCCAAACUGCGGGCUGGGCAGAAAUUGUCCAACUCCUCACCCUUCAGUUCUGCCUCUAACUCGCUCAGCCUGGAUCAGGAGAGCGGCCUGCUCCUGUUCAAGGGAGAUAAGAAGCCCAAAGUCUGGGUAGUCCCGAGGCAGCUCCGGAGGGAUCUGAUUUUCUCUGUGCAUGACCUCCCCGUGGGGGCUCACCAGAGGCCUGAGGAGACCUACAAGAAGCUGCGGUUGCUGGGGUGGUGGCCCGGGAUGCAGGAGCAUGUGAGAAAUUAUUGCAGGAGCUGCUUGUUCUGCAUCCCCCGAAAUCUCCUAGGCAAUGAGUUGAAGGUUAUCGAGUCCUUGUGGCCCCUCAGGUCGACUGCCCCCUGGUCGAACCUGCAGAUCGAGGUGGUGGGCCCAGUCACUGUAAGUGAGGAGGGCCACAAGCAUGUUCUGAUUGUGGCUGACCCCAACACCAGGUGGGUGGAAGCAUUCCCGCUGAAACCCUACACACACAUGGCUGUGGCCCAAGUGCUGCUUCAGCAUGUAUUUGCAAGGUGGGGUGUUCCCGUGAGGCUGGAGGCCACCCAAGGCCCCCAGUUUGCCCGGCAUGUUCUGGUGAGCUGUGGGCUGGCCCUGGGAGCCCAGGCUACCUCCCUGAGUAGGGACCUCCAGUUUCCCUGUCUGACGAGCUCAGGGGCCUACUGGGAAUUCAAGAGGGCCCUCAAGGAGUUUAUCUUCUUGCACGGCAAGAAGUGGGCGGCUUCCCUGCCCUUGCUGCACCUGGCCUUCAGGGCCUCCUCCUCCCAGGCCACACCAUUCCAGAUCCUGACCGGGGGCCAGGAGAGGCUGAUGGGACCCUUGUGGUGGGAGAUGAGCAGUGCCAAUAUAGAAGGGCUCAAGAUGGAUGUCUUCCUGCUACAGCUGACGGGGGAGCUGCUGGAGCUCCACUGGAGGAUGGCUGACAAGGUCAGUGAAAAGGUGGAGAACAGGCGUUUCAAGCGGGAGAGCCAGGAGAAAGAGUGGAACGUGGGCGACCAGGUCCUCUUGCUGUCCCUCCCCAGGAAUGGCAGCAGUGCCAAAUGGGUGGGUCCCUUCUAUAUCGGGGACCGGCUGAGCCUGUCUCUCUACAGGGUCUGGGGCUUCCCAACCCCAGAGAAGCUCGGGUGCAUCUAUCCGAGCAGUCUGAUGAAGUCCUUUGCCAAGAGUGGCACGCCCCUGUCCUUCAAGCUCUUGGAGCAGUGAGCUGAAGCAGUGGGGGAGGCCCCACUCCCAGGGUCCUGGGCUGCUGCUGCUAGGCCUCCCCCCACCCUCAUCAGUGCUCUCAAAGCCCCCUGGGGCCCCCUUUGUGCCUUUUGUGGAGAAGUUACUCAUAAAGCUUUGCUGAAUUGCCUUGAACUGGGGACCAGGGUCCCUAUGGAAAUGUCCCCAGUGCGGGGUAUUGCGAGAAUCUGCUGUCAGAUAUGGGCCUCUGGCAGUUUCCCCUUACUAAGGUAGGCCAGGCUCAAUGUCUUUCCCCAAGUAUCCCCUUCACCCUGUCACACAUGUGCAGGUGUACACACACACGCACGCACGCACACACACAGAGAAUUUGACUCCCGGCUAUCUAACCAUAAAACAGUGUGGCUCGGGACCUCAGAACCAGAACCACAUUGCACUCUCAAACAGAAACCUUGAAUGUAGACUCCUCUCCCCCGACCUUCAUUUGGGGACCCUUGGCCCUUGUAGUUGUCACAGUUGACACAAAUCCACACGGGCUGUGGAGAGGCAGCCUGUUCCCAUUCUCAUGGCCAGCUUCUCUGCCAGGCUAGGCCUGCCCCCUGUCCAGGAAGGGCUGGCAGUCCUGGGCCCUGAGGCUUGGAGCUGGGUUGGGAGGGCGGGCUUGUCAGCACAGAAAGGCAAGGGGGAGACUGAGUCAGCCUACCUCAUUUGACUCCAGCUAAUGGAGAUAACGCUGACCCCUGCUGUGAUGGUAUUAACUCCACGGGAAUCAAGGAUCUUGAUGCCAAGUGUGGCAUCUCUAUCUGAAGAGCUGCUUCAACUAGACCAAGGGGCCCAGGCCUCUCUUACAAGGAGGAGGGUGUCUGAAAUGAGCAGUGUGGCAGACGGUGAGGUGCUGAUGUGGCUCUACCUCCCAACCCCACCCCAAAGCCCACAGCCCUCUCCUCCUCCUGCCUCCACUGUGCCCUGCAUCCCCAGCCCCCAUAGUGUGUGACUGCUGUGGUUGGAUCACCCCCAUCCCCUGGACCUGCUUUCUGUGUAGAGCAAAACCUGGGCUCUGGCUGAGCACUCUGCAAUGACUGCUCUUAUAGCAAGAGUGAGUUCUCAUAGGUGUGUGUGCUCACACUCACCCUCUGAGUUGCUGCCACCACUGACAAAAUGAACUCCAGGGAAGGCCAGCACCAGAGCCCUCUGCCUGGGCCUCUGAGGAGUUUUAUUUCUCCAAAGCUGAGCCAGUCUCCUGGCCUAGCUCAGGUUGCCAACACACUUGGCAUUGCAAGAGCCGGAGUAGAACCUGCCAUAGAGUAGAAUUUGCUUGUUUUACAGCCAAAGAAAUGCCCAGAGAGGGAAAGUGACUUGCCCCAAGUCGCACAAUAGUUUGUGGCUAAGCCGGGGCCAGGAUUAAGCUUCCUGACUCUCAGUUCACCACAGACAGGGAGGGUUCUGGUGACAGGUUCAAGUCAGAGAAUCCCUCAAAAUCCUAUACGUAUAUCCUCUCCACCUCCCCAUUUCCCAUAUCUUGUUGACAAACUACUAGUUGUUGGCCUUUAAACCAUUUCCAGGUGUUAAUUCUGUUCAGGAAAGAAUGCUUGGAUGACAUGAUAAAGUGAAAGGUGAGCUGUGGGAGUUUUAGCAGAUACCCUCUUUCCUUUUCCUCCCCUCCCACUUCUCUUCCCUCUCCCUCUAAUGGUAUGGCCAACCUCAUUUUCCUUCUCCAGGGCUAUACCCAUUCCUCCUGUUAACCACAUUUAUAAUCCUAUAUCCUUUUAUUUUUCAUUUGAUUUAUCAAUAAACAGAUCAAUAUGGA